AUGGAUGAAAAUAAGCAAGGAUCUGAUGAUUAUCCUGAAGUUGAAAGUGAAAUUGAUGACUUGCAAUGGCGUUAUCAAACCCGCUCAAGCAAAAGAGGAAACAAAGCACCACGUACUGAUUCCUUUGUUCAAGGACGAACAAUAACAUCAUCUUCGCGUGGUAAUGGUAGGAUGGAGAAAAACAUAACACGCCAUAUAUCUUCACAACAAGAAGAACGAAAAAAUGAGAAAAAGAAUGACAACCAGCAGCUGUCAAACCUUGAUAACGGACAAUAUGUUUCAACUAAUGAUAUACAAUAUUUAUGUAUUAAAAAUGGUGAUAAAAAAUCGAGUAAGACGUAUGAAAGAGGAACUGGUCUUCAGCAAUCGAACAGUGAUGUUCUUGAGCAAAUCUAUGUAUCUCACCAUGCAUUGAAAUUUGCUGUCGAAGAUCGACUUCCACCUCUGAAAAUACAAUGUGAUCCAGCAUUAACAAAUCAAGACGAUGCAUUAUUAAUUGCUAAAGGAUACCUGAAUCAUAUCGAAAAGAAUUUUAGGAAAUUGAAUCCACGUUAUAAUAAUCCACUCGGAUUUGACCAUUAUAUGAUUGACAGCAAUGGUGCUUUGAUCUGUUUUACAAAAUCUAUGGAAUUAUUCAUCUACAUGUGCAAUAUUAAUAAUUAUCCUGAAGACAUAAAUAACAGAAAAAUUCGACCAAUACUACCUACAAAAUUACCUGCAAGAAAUGCAAUAAUUUUAAAGUUUAUUGAUAAUAAAAUAAAGUUUGAAGAUAUACAAAUCGUUGUUAAAGAAAAAAUGAAAAGUGUAUAUUCAAUAGAGGAAAUGCUGGGAACAAUAACAUAUCGUUCACGACAUAUUCGAGUCGAUCUAUUAUCAAAUGAAGAAUACAUUGGUAUAUUAAAUAGUGGAAAGUUCGUGAUAGGUGGUCAUCUAUAUGAAGUUGAUGAAUAUCUACCAUCACCAAAAAUUCUGAUAUGUAACAAAUGCAACACUCCAGGUCAUAUGAAGAAGAACUGUAAAUCAGCAAUAGAUGUGUGUAAACGUUGUGGUAAUGAUAGAAAUGAUGGAGUUGAUCAUAAAGGUUGUAAUAUCAAGUGUCAUCAUUGUGGUGGUGACCAUGAAGCAACAAAUUUCAAAUGUACAACAAUAUCUAAAUUCCGACAAGAAUUAUUACGACAGUUGAAGAACAACACUCACCUCUUACCACCACAUAUUCAGUUUUAUAUUCCACAACAAUUUCGUGAUCAAAAAAGUAAUAAAUUCUUGAUGAACAAUAACAAUGAAAUGUAUCAAGUUGGAACACGACGAGAUGAUUUAAUUAAUAUUAAUCCACAAGAUUUUAAUGUAUGGCCAGCAUUAAAUUCAAAUUCAGCUUUACCAGCAGCAGCCAGCUCAACAUCCAUAUGGAACUCUGAACUGAGAAAACUGCAAGAUGAGUUACACAACCUAAAAAGAGAACAUGAAAAUGAAAUUAAACAAAUAAAAAUGGAAUGUGAUAAUCAAAUACAGAAAAUGGUACAGGGAUGGCAGUUAAUUAACCUUCAAAUAAAAACACAAGCUGAAGCUAUUUCGGAUGUUUACACAACAGUAUCAGAAACUUUACCAGUAAUUAUUCAAUCUAUUCAAACAAUUAAUUACGUUAUGAAAGAAAUGAAUGGAAAUACUAUUAAUGAUAAUGAACGACAAGCAAAAGAAAAUAUGUUUACAACAAUAAAUGACACCAUCAAUACAUUUAAUAAUCGUCUACUGCUAUUAACCAAUCAUCAACAAAAACUCAAAACACUUAUGGAUAAACAAAACGAGCUGCUGUUGAGAGGUAUGAACUCAAUUGAUCAAUUAUCUAAUGAGCUCUAA